GUUAAAUGUGAUUGACUCUCGACUGAAUAGGUUAUAAAAUCGAAAAUGUUAGCUGGGUUCCAGGUAGUUCCGUGGUAUAAUAUUCAAGAGUGGCAGGAAGUUUAUGAAAAAAUAUAUGCGCAAACUACGACACUUUCUUCAAAACAGAAAGCACUAGAUCAUUUAUUAAUUUGGAAAGCCAGGUGUCCCUCUUUACCUUCCGGCAUUGAAUCAACACUGACUUUGCUUGAAGUUCACGUUCAAGAUUUAAAUAAAAACAAUGAAAUAUGUACUGACCAUCUAUUACGCUUAGCAUAUUCAUCAGCAUUAAUGCGUUUUGUAAAUCAUAUGCUUGAUAAAGAAACAGCGAAAGGUCUUACUUUAUAUCAAGCGGCUAAAAAUUCAGGCAUCCCAGAUUGGAUUAUAGAAUUGCGGCACGAUACAGCACACAGUGAUAGACUUCCUCCACUUGAUUUGUUAAGAGAGGCGACUCUUACAAGCAUACAGUGGCUACAACAAAAUUAUUGGGAUAAGCAUAAACAAUGUAUCAAUAAUUUAGUAAUUGGGAAAUUACAGGAUGGAGGUUAUUUACAGAAUAAAAUAUCGGUUCUUAUAAAUUUUUGUAUUUCUUUAAGCAUAUGUUCUCAUUCAAAAUGCAACAUAAAAUUCAUAUCUGAAAUUAAGGAUGCUACAAUACGAGAGUCCUUAAUAAAUGAUGCUAAAGAUUUGUUUGAUGAAAGUGUAGAUUUUACCAAUUUAAAGUUAAUUUCUAUACAUUUUCUUAUUGAGACUAUGAAUUCAAAGACUAAAAAACUCCUUAAUAAUGAUUUAGUUUCAAAUUAUGUCAACAGAAUACUGAUGGCUGAUGAUUCAUUGUUUUUAUCUUUGGAACUUCACAGUUUAUUAGAUAAUUACAAUCUCGACUGUUCAAAAUCACUCUGUAAACAAUAUGUGCAGUGUUUUGAAGGAUUGCUAAAUUUUCUUCACACAAAUGAUUUAAUACAAGACUUUGUAUUAGAGUUAAUUAAAUAUACAAACUCUGAUGAAAACAUUAAUAGAAGACGUAAACUUGCAUCACAAUGGGUAUCAGUUAUAUUAAAAGCUUUGAAGAAAAACCAACUAUUUAUGGAAAAAGUAUAUGAGACAGAAACUAAACAUGUGAGCUUAAAGGAUAAGAAGGAAAUAAAUUCAUUAUUCUAUCACUGGUUUCCAAAUAAAAAAAGGUCUUUACUUUUGGAUUUGCGCAAACCUGUACCUAAAAACUUAACAAACAUUAUUUUUAUUCAGCCAAUAAUAUCGACAUAUAAUCCUAAUCUUACAUAUUUCAUUAAAGACUUGCUCUAUUUAGUACAACCCAGACUACCAGUUUCUAUCAUACGCAAAAUAUGCAAAUUAGCUGAGGUAGUUGCUACGCCAGAAAAGUUCUCUGCGGUACCUCCAAAGAUAUACACAGUGGAAGAUCUAAAGGUUACAGCUGAUGCAAAUGUUUCAACUAUUACUAUUAAUGAUGAUGAAAUGUUAGAAGUAAAUACUACAAAUGAAAAUUGUAUAGAAGAAGAAUGUUAUCAGAAAUAUGGCAUUUGGCAAAGUUCUUCUAAAAAUUAUUCAUGGUCUACAUGUGCUAUAGGACAGUUACCAUGGCAAGUAAACCAACCAGAAGAAUUAAUAGAAAUUUCUAAUAAAUAAAAAAAAAUUAAUUAUCCACAGCAA